UCACUUAUAAAAAACAAUAAAGUGUGAUUAUUUAAUUUACUAAUAAUAAUAAUUAUAAAGUUCUUGUAUGCUCUCUCUUUUUACUGCGCUUUAUUCUGUUCAAAUUCGAUGCUUUGUUUGCAGAGAACGAGGUGCUUUGGUUUCCAAGAGAGAGAAACAAAGAAACACUACAACACUUGAAGCUUUGCUUUCCCUCUCUCUCUCUCUCUCUUUGCUGCAUUGUAUUGUUCUACCACCUCAGAAUCUCUUCUCACUUCCACGCAUUAAAGUGUUGUCUCUCUCUGUCUCUCUCUCUAGUAAUUGGUGGCGCUUUCUCCUUUCUGUCAUAUUUAUUGGAGUGUGCUUCCAUGUUCUUACACUUUUCUUAUUGGAGUCUGCUUCCAUGUUCUUACACUUUUCUUAGUGUGGCAAGAGCAACAUAGCAGCUAAAGACAGAACCCAGGGGGAAAAAAUUGAGGCAUUUUGUUGUAUCUUGCUGAGUUUCACUUCUUGUUGAUCUUAGUUUUGUUCUGUUUGGAUAGGGGGUGCUCUGGAGUUCAUAAACUGGGAUACAAAUGAGUUUUGUAUUGUGUCUAAGUCAAGAAAGAGAAGGGGAAAUAGAAGAAAGGGUGGAUUUUGGAGAAGCGGUUUUCAAAGCAAUGAUCUUUUACUCUUUGAAGCUCUGAAGAGAGCUUUUUUGGGGUGGGGGUGGGGGUGUUGGGUUAUAACUUAUAAUUCUCUUCUGAGGAGAAAUAUCAUAGUGUGCUUGAGGAGCUGUAUGAAGUAGAAGUUGCAAAAAUGAGAGAUGACAAUUCAAAGAAAACCAAGCUCUCAUGGUCAAAGAAAAUGGUUAGAAAGUUCUUCAAUAUCAAAUGCAGAACUGAUGAUACACUAUCAGGUGCUGUUGCCUAUGGAGCAGGAGGUAACGUAGAAUACAGAAGCAGGAGUAGCAGGAGUAGCUUCUCUGAGAGAGAACCAUGCACUAUCAAAAAGAGCAAAACAGAGAAGUUUAGCAGGAGUGCAGAUCAGGUUAGGCGAGGAAGAAUGAAUCUUGACCAUCCUCGAAUUAUUGAUGUUCAGAACCAUAGCAUUUUUGUUGCUACAUGGAAUGUUGCUGGAAGAUCACCACCGAGUAAUUUGAAUUUGGAUGAUUGGCUUCAUUCCUCACCACCAGCAGAUAUAUAUGUUCUAGGAUUUCAAGAGAUAGUUCCCUUGAAUGCUGGUAAUAUCUUAGGGGCUGAGGACAAUGGCCCUGCCAAAAAAUGGUUGGCUCUCAUCAGAAAGAGUUUAAACAACCUUCCUGGCACUAGCGGAAGCAGUGGAUGUUAUACACCUUCUCCCAUUCCUCAGCCAAUUGCAGAGCUAAAUGCUGAUUUUGAGGGAUCAGCUAGGCAGAAGAAUUCAUCUUUCUUCCAUAGGCGAUCGUUCCAGACAACUUCUACUAGUUAUGGAAUUGACAAUGAUCCCUCACUUGCUCAACCACGACUAGAUCGAAGGUAUAGUGUCUGCGAUCGUGUAAUGUUCGGCCACAGGCCGAGUGACUACUCAAGGCCAAGUGACUACUCUAGGCCAAGUGACUUUUCAAGGCCAAGCGACUACUCAAGGCCAAGUGACUUUGAUCCCAGUUUUAGAUGGGGUUAUAGGCCUAGUGACUAUUCAAGGGCAAGUGACUACUCAAGACCAAGUGACUAUUCAAGAUGGGGUUCAUCUGAUGAUGAUAAUGCCAUUGGAGAUUCACCAAGUACAGUUCUAUUUUCGCCAAUGUCUUAUGCCGGACCUGCCUCUAAUGAGGAUGGAUAUGGCAUGCCGGGGCGUUCGAGGUACUGCCUUGUAGCAAGUAAGCAAAUGGUGGGAAUAUACCUUACCAUAUGGGUAAGAAGUGAAUUGAAAGAUCAUGUGCAAAACAUGAAAGUAUCAUGUGUUGGCAGAGGUUUGAUGGGCUAUCUUGGAAAUAAGGGAUCCAUCUCAAUCAGCAUGUCACUGCAUGAAACAAGCUUUUGCUUUAUCUGUAGCCAUUUAACCUCUGGACAGAAAGAGGGAGAUGAACUAAGAAGAAAUUUGGAUGUGAUGGAGAUUUUAAAAAAGACAAGGUUUCCGCGUGUUAAUGGUGUGGACAAUGAGAAGUCCCCACAAACAAUCCUUGAGCAUGAUCGAAUAAUAUGGCUCGGAGAUUUGAAUUAUCGAAUCGCCCUCAAUUACCGAUCUGCUAAGGCACUUGUUGAGAUGCAAAACUGGAGAGCAUUAUUAGAGAAUGAUCAGUUGAGAAUAGAACAGAAAAGAGGCCGUGUAUUUGUGGGAUGGAAUGAAGGGAAGAUAUAUUUUCCCCCAACAUACAAGUAUUCAACUAAUUCAGAUAGAUAUGCAGGAGAUGAUAUGCAUCCAAAGGAGAAAAGGAGAACACCUGCAUGGUGUGACAGAAUCUUGUGGUUUGGAGAAGGUCUUCAUCAAUUAUCUUACGUCCGCGGGGAAUCAAGAUUUUCGGAUCACAGGCCUGUCUAUGGCAUAUUCAUGGCUGAGGUUGAGUCAACUCAUGGCAGACUGAAGAAAACUAUGAGUUGUUCUCGUUCCAGAAUUGAGGUGGAAGAACUUCUGCCAUAUUCAGGCGGAUACACUGAGCUGAACUUUUUCUAAAGAGGAAUGGAAUGGCUGGAUGUGAAACAUGUCCAUCCACAUUCAAAAAUUGGUCCCCCAUUACCAAGAGGGACUCACUUUGAAGAAAUUCAAUUCAUGGAUGGAGGGUGAUAAGGACAACCCAUUUCCCACAUACCGAAAAAGUUUGAUAAUCUGUAUUCUUGCUUGGUCUACAGUCAUGCCUUGCCUAUCACAUGAUCAGAAGUUCAGAACAGUAGUACAUCCUCGUCAUCAUCAUCAACAUCAUCAUCUUGUUACACCAACUUCAGCACUGUGCAUAAUUUGAUUUUAAAAACACUUAGCUUUCUUACCAGUCUCUCAGCCCUGUACAACCAUUCAGAAUCACGCACAAUCAUUAGGACAUGGAAGAAGACGAUUUUUUUAUUCAAGAUUCUUUAAUUGUUUUUGGCAAACAUUUAAUGUAGGUAAAAGAUCGUCAGUAAUAAUCAUUUGGGCACUAACUGUUUUCUUUUUUUCAUUUUUCAUUGUUUUUAAAAUGCAAAGAGAAUGAGAGUUUUGAUUUGAUGUAUAGUGAAUUAGUGAUUGCCACAGUAUGUAAGAAGGAAAAAAAACAGAAAGAAGAAAAAGAAUUUUUAAUUCAUGAGAGAAUUCCAAAGCCUCUCUUGCUUGGUUCUG